GUGUCUCCUUAAGUCUCUGCAGCUCUGCAGGGGAUCAAAGAUGAUAGCUUAAAGGUCUGUGCUGUAGCAUGGGAAGGUUUUAAAACUGAAAGCUGGCUCUCCUAACCCACAUAGAACAACUGGAGUUUGUUUCAGUGGAAUUAAUUUCACCUGAGCAUUCCUUCGUGUUUCCUUAACAGAUGUGGGGACUUUGUCAUUCUGCAGAAUGGCUUAAAUGAGGAAAAGCCAUGUGGGUAAUUUAUCAUAGCAAAUAUUGUCAGGAACACUAUAGCUGAGAAAUUUUCAUUGCUGAAGUUGUAAGACCGUUUAAACAGUAAUUUCCGACAGAACACGUAAUAAAAUUUUACUGUUUGUUUAAAGGGAUCUCUCUAGUUCAGCUGUGAUUUCCUACUUUCUGAGCUUCCUGAGAGCCAAUAUGCUAGAAAAUCACUUGUUCUUUUUCCUUUUAUGUUCACAUGUCCUGGGUGGCAAAGAUUUCAAAAUGCUUAAAAAGACAUACUUCACGUAACCAAUUUCUCAUAUGCAGCAGAAGUUUUCACAGCUUUGCUUCGCAUUCACUGAGCAUCUCAAGGAUCCAUGAGAUCUCCUAAUGGUUGCUCUUUUCUUCCUGUAUUUCCAUCAAAAUAACUUUCAAAACAGAUUAGCCAGUGCUGUGCUUGAAUGCAUAGUGUUUCUUUAUAAUUUGCUAGUGUAAAGUGAGCUGUGUUCUCAGAGAAUAUGACUCUAAUUCUGGAGAGCCUUCAACCUUAGCAAUUUCUUGCAAAUAUCACUUGCACUUUCCCCAUUUUCCACCUGUUACAGUAGGAGUAGGAAAUGCUGAUUUCCCUGGUGAUUUAGAGAACACAUGGACAAAAUGUGCCUUAACUUUUUGUCCCAUUAAAAUGGCCACUGCACCUGCUGGCCUGAGAAGAUUGUGUGAGUUCCUUUCCAUUAGAUUUAUAAUCUGGCCAGUCAUCAAGGUCUUGCACAACAGCAAUGGCAUGUACACAUACACACGGGUCAAAGUAAAGGUUUUCUUAGCAUUCAUUCUUUCCUACUGAACUACCUGGCACAGGGGAAAUACCUUCAUCGUCUAAUUUUCCUUACACAAACAUGUGCCAUGUUUAACAACAACAUUCAAACAGCAGAGCCCGCAAUAAAAAAGGCAGAACUGCAUCUGGUUGUAUGGGUACGGGCACACCCCAUCCUCAUCUGAACCAGCACAUGGGUUAGGCUGCUUGGUUAGGCUGGCCAUUAUGCAUCUGUUCAUUUCAGCGGCGCGGUACGGAGACAUGAGUAAGUUUUGGGCUGCUACAUACCGAUUUACAAAAGUUUCCUUUGCUCGUGGCUGUGGAUUGGCAGCUGUUGAACAGACGCCAGCUUUGUUUCCUGGGGCCUUUAACUGUUGCACAAGAAUUUCAGAUGAAAUUCCCAAAGGAAUUCUCCCAAGAGUGGAGAGGUUUGAAAUCCAGAAAGCUGAUGGCCUGUGUCACCUAGAAGCUGUUAUUCUCUACAUAGGAGACAGAAAGUUCUGUGUGAGCCCACAGAUUAGAAGAGUUAAAAAAUGGAUGAAGAAGAAGCACAAGGUUGCUGGGAAAAAAGCUCAUGGUAGAAAACAGAGAAGAAGCAAAAAUAAUAAAAAAGAGAGAAGCAGUAAAAUUAUGAAGCAAGUCCCAUGAUGAAGAUACCUGUGGCAUACAGCACUCUGAAUAGACACCAAACUACAUCAAUGAAGGAUGAUUAUAGCAUUAAAAUAACCUUCCAAAUAUCUAUGUUCUAGAGACAGCAGUGGCAAAAAUCACCACCUGUAUACAACAGUGAUGCUGGGCCAAUUACCAACAAAAUGACUUGAUGUUCCUGACAAUGCCUUGUAGUGUGUGCUCUGCUGUACCUCCUUGAUUUAUGGGUAUGCUUAAAUUCCACUUUUUCUCACACUGCUUUCACAGCUACCUCCCUGUGAUUUCUAUUUAAUAUGCCAACAAUCCUUCUCAUUGUUCUAUUUAUCUCAGUCGCAAUCUUUGCUCCAUUUCUUCCCAGUUUGAAAUCAUUUUUGUGCAA